ACUUCAAGUAUUACAACAGAGGAAGAUUUGCAAUGAGACAGGAUAUGGGGACUAACUUUCAUACCAGAAAGCGCUAAGUGGGUCAUAUCACAGGGGCUUUAUGGAUGGUCUGAGAUUACCUAAAUCUUUUCCCAAAUAGCAAACAGACCGAGUUAUAUGUGGAAGGAAGCAUCAAAGACAGAGGGUAUAUGAAAAAGGAAGCAAAGUACAAAUAGUUGUUGGAUUCCCUGGCAAUGAGGAAUCCAUUGCAUAAAGCCUCUAUGUGUGGUAUCGCCCUGACGGCAGAGUGUAUCUUCUUUGUAUCCGACCAACACAGUCUCUACCCACUGCUUGAAGCCACCAACAACGAUGAUAUCUACGGGGCAGCUUGGAUAGGCAUGUUUGUGGGCAUCUGCCUCUUCUGCUUGUCCGUUCUAGCCAUAGUAGGAAUUAUGAAGUCCAACAGGAAAAUCCUCUUGGCGUACUUCAUUAUGAUGUUCAUAGUGUAUGGUUUUGAAGUGGCAUCUUGUAUCACAGCAGCGACACAGCGAGACUUUUUCACAACCAACCUCUUCCUGAAGCAGAUGCUGGUGAGGUAUCAAAACAACAGCCCCCCAACCAAUGACGAUGAGUGGAAAAACGCCGGCGUUACCAAGACCUGGGAUAGGCUCAUGCUGCAGGACCACUGCUGUGGUGUAAAUGGUCCAUCCGACUGGCAGAAAUACACCUCUGCCUUCCGGGUGAAGAAUAACGAUGCUGACUAUCCCUGGCCUCGGCAGUGCUGCGUCAUGAACAAGGUUAUGGAGCCUGUCAACCUGGACGCUUGCAAACUCGGAGUGCCUGGUUAUUACCACAGUCAGGGCUGCUAUGAACUGAUCUCUGGACCAAUGGAUCGGCAUGCCUGGGGAGUUGCCUGGUUUGGAUUUGCCAUCCUCUGCUGGACUUUUUGGGUUCUCCUGGGUACCAUGUUCUACUGGAGCAGAAUUGAAUAUUAAGCACACAGUGUCUCCGCCACACCUCCCUCCUCGGGUGACUCUGGAUUUGGUGCUGGAACCCUGCUGUUUCAUCACAUGCCUUCUGUGUGCUCCAUAGUGACAGAUGCUUUUCUCACUCAAAUGCCAGUUCAGGUGGAAUGGGCUUCCUUUAGACUCUCAGGCUGCUGCAAUCCUCAGCAGAAAUAGUUCUCAUCCUUGGCUAACAUUCUGCAACAUAUUUAUGUACUAUGAGACAGAAAAUUUGGAGAGUGGAGAUGACUCUCAUUCCUGCUCAUGUUUACCAUCAUAAGCUCUGUCUGUAUUUAAUAGCAAACUCAAGAAACAGGGAGCCCCAUAUCUCUUACUAUUUCCUUCAACCUUGCAAGGGUUUUGUUUGACACAGUGUAGACUGGGGGAGGGAAGGAGGGGGGAUUGCAGAGCUGCACCUCUGCUUCUGGUUCUGCUAUGGCCUCUGUCUACACUGGCAGUGCUCCUGACACACCCACCACCUUUGGAUACUUUUUAUUCUCUGGGAUGAUCCUUAAUUUUCAUUUAAUAAGCGUUCCGACUUCCUCUCCUGCCUUGUGGAGUGAUGUGCAUUUAGCAACUUCAUUCUCGGUUAAUUGAAAGUAUAUAAACGUUAGGGACAUUGACACUGCCCAUUUUACACCAGCUCGGUCUUUGCCCUCAAUGGUUUCAACGUGGAGAUCCAAGCCAGCUUACUAGAGCAGGUGAUUUAUAGGGAUUUUUGUUUGCUGUCAAAAUAGUUUGAUCCUGCAGGAAGUCCUGACAACUCACCACUGUUUGCUUAACAAGAAGCCCAUAAAAUAUG